CGAAUAUUCGUUUGAUAAUAAGAACGGUCGGAGCAUAAGUCUUGUUAAACACAAGUCAUGUUGUCACAGUGCAGGUUUUUAUUGUUUAAAAAGAGCUGUUUACACAAGAAAAUCACAUCUACGUUCAAAUAUCACGAGCAUUCACUGCCUCAAGUUCUGCAUAGUUAGCAAUACACACUUACAAUCACACAAUACACACUUGAAACGUUCAAUCGUUUACUUGGUAGCUUUGCCUGCAUUUACAUAUUUUUCUUUGCAUACUUUGUGCCUUAUUCAUUGAACAGCACAUUUAAAGUUAUUGCGCAGUUAAAGAAAGUUCUGCAGCUAAGCAAACGUGCUGAAACCAACAUUUUAUUGAUUUGGAAUAUUCAUUUUUUGUGUUCAUUUAAAGAAUACUGGUUUGUCCUGAUGUCGUUUUCCGAAGACGAAAAUUCUGUUCGUACUGGUGACGAUGCCAACGAUAAUCACAAAGUGCCCAUUCGGACAUUUUAUGUGUCGCCAAUCGAAGAACAUAUAACCGAAGACAAGAUCAAAAAGUAUUUCGAGGAUUUUGGUCAAGUGGAAUCCGUGGAAAUUCACGCAAACAAAUCGUUUCAAUCAUGUUUCGUGCGAUUCAAAGAUGUUGCGUCUGCAACUGCGUUGAAUAUGCGUCAACAUCGCAUUGAAAAUGUUGAGGUUAAUGUCAGAGCAGCCGACUUAUCGUGCCAACCAGAUUUUCAACCUCUGUGGAUACCACUCGAUCAAGAUUCUGCGUCACACAUUCUCAUUGUACUCGACGAUGAUUGUUUGCGUGAAAUAUUCAAACAUUUGAACCAAAUCGACCUAUCAAGUGCGGCCGAGGUUUGUGUUCGAUUCAACCAACAGGCAAAGGACACAUUUGCCAAGAAAUACAAGCAUUUGGAUUUAUCGUAUGAUGAUUGUUCUUACAUGGAGGAAAUCAAGAAGGACAGCGUGAAAUGUUUGCUACAUAACUUCGGAUCAACGAUUUAUUCGCUUGAUGUUGAUGAACGAAGACUGCAAUCGGGACCCAAUUAUCAAUAUCUGAUCAGCAUGUACUGCACCCAGUUGAAGAAACUAAAACUAUCCCAUUUUGCUGUGUCAAUCGAAGUCAAACCACUGCUCAAAAUGUUGGAACAGCUUCAUUUCUCAUGGUGUGACAAUUUGGGAGAUGUGGAAAAUUUGCUGGUGAUUUGUGACGAACUCAAAGUGCUACGCAUCGAAGAUUGCUACGUCGGUGGUACCGCCAUUCAACGAAAAUUUGGAAAAUUGGAAGAGUUCUAUUUUUCGAACAACACCUAUGAAAACAAUGAAUUGAACCGAUUCAUCGGUUUGAAUCCAUCGCUGUUGAAGUUAUCUGUCACUGGAAAUACUGAUUAUUCUGAUUUAUCGGAGACUGCUCGUCUAAUUAGCCAAGGUUUGCCGAAAUUGUUAGAGCUGGAAUUCCAAAUGUUCUCAACCAGCCAUGAUUUCUUCCAGAAAUUGGGAAAAUUCGAAUCGUUAAGAGUGCUGAAAUUCAAUUUGUAUUCUCGAUCAGCCACACUGUUGCUGAAACACUUGGUCGAGAAUGAAACGCCGAUUGAACACCUAAAACUGUCUGAUGCAAAAAUUGAUGCUGAAGGGAUUGAAUACAUUUCACAAAUGAAACUGCUCAAGAUUAUUGAUUUAUCUCUAACUGAGUCGAAAUUCACUGACGAACAUUUCAUCAAAUGGGCCAAAGAUUUGUCGCAUCUGCAAGAGUUGCAUUUGACAGAAUUAACAUCAUUUGAUCUGGAUACAGAUUCAUCAAUCAAAAUCAGUACUAUUGGUUUGAAGAAGAUGCUAUCCCAUGCACACAAAUUGACACUUCUAAAGUUGACGUCAGUUCAUAGUAUUUCGAUCGAUGUAGAUGACUACAAGGCGAUGUUGAAGACUGUCGGAAAUCGACCAGAGAAAGUUAAACUUCUGUUUGAAAUUACGAGCGAUGGCGACAAGGUCAACGUUCCCGAUGAAACAUUGGCAGCAAACCGGGAAGUAUUUUACAUUGACGAACAUGUUGAGGUAAAAUCAAUAAAGGACUACGAUUCUGACGACUGCAAUGAUUCGUAUGAUUAUUAUGACUAUGAUUUCGAUGACCGCUAUGAUGACCGCUACGAUGAUUAUGAUCGUUGCAAUUCCAGCCCAGACUCUGACUGCUAUGACAGAUGGCGAACCGAUUAUUAAUAAAAGGUUAUUCGUGUUUCAAAAGUCAAGUUGCAGUCCUUGCACAAUCGAUUCAAUCUGUCGCCAUUCAAACGAAGGUCUUUUUAGUGGACGAAUAUGAACCAAUAUGAACAAAUAAAAACGAACACUUAUUUCUCCAACCGAAAUGAAUUUUGAAACAAUUGACUCUAAUUCAUAGAUCAAUACUUCAUUAUUAUAAGAUCUAAAAUUUAAGUACUCAUUUUUACUUUCGACUUUUUUGUGUAGGAAUUUAAGUCAUUCAGUUUUCUGAUUAGCUGAAAUAAAGUUACAACGAAUAAGUUUUAAAUAUGAGCUAUUGUGAUUUUGCUUCAACAAAACAUCUACAUAACAGACUUAGUUUGCAAUAAAAUCUUAAAUUGGAGGUUCACUUAGAAA